AUGAAGAUGGCUCUGCCCCCACCGAGACUCAAUCUCUCACCGUCCAGUUCCCUCGGUGAAUCCAGAUCCUUACCGUCCAUGUCUGACAUCCUGACGUCAUCAAAAGCUCGAAAUCUUGACUUAAAGAUCCAAACUUUAGGACCGUUUUUCAGAGUUACAGGGAAGAACGCAGACACGGGGAGUGAGAUUGGACGAGCAGAGGGAGUGGUUAGGCCAUGGUUUGGACGAGGCUUGGUUCUGCAUUUGGAUACGAUAAGGUUGACGAAAGAGACGAUGGUGAUGAACAAGUCUCUCCUUGGAGUUGGUUUGUAUGUCGGAGCUGUUGCCAUUCGCCAUGGAUACGACUGUGGUUGCCGCACUGCUCAACUUCUUGCUAUCUACGACUCUGAUCUCUACCAUUCUAAGCUGGUUAGGUUUUACAAAAGGAUUGGGUUCAAAGAAGUGAAAGAAGUGAGUGGGUCGUCUAUUGGAGACAUGGCGGACAUGUUGGUGUGGGGUGGAGUGGGCACUCGCAUGGAUGCUGAUAUCCAUCAUCUCCUUGUUAAAUGGUCCAAAGUUUUCCUCAAAUCAGUUUAUUAA